AUGCGGUCGUUAUUUCCAAUAACACUAUUUCUUCUUUUGAUAUUGUGUUUUCUCACUUCCUUGUCAUCAGCGGAAGAAGAAAAAGCAGAGGGAGAAAGGCCAAAUGAAUUCGUCAGUCCAUUGUUGGAAAACAAUAACACUCCCGUGGAGACUAUUCCACCGAUACUACCGGUGGAUAUGAACCUUGUUGAAGAAGAAGAGCCAAAUAGUGUGGAACUGACAAACUCGGAAGAUUCAGAUUCCAACAGUAGUUCUAAUACGAAUGAUCAGCAGGAAGACGACGAAGAACAAGUGGAAGUCUGGUUGCCAAUCAUUGAAGUUCAAUUUGUUUGUGACCACGAUACUCGGCCUCCCUCUGGUGGAAAUGUUACGGAAUACAUGUUGAACUUGUACGAAAACCUCUAUAAUGAGCUACUCCCAAAUCAAGUGACUGUCACUCGGUCCAGUUUGCACCAUUUGGAACGAUUCAGUACCAUGUCGGAAAUUUCGUCCACCAAAUGGUACUAUUCGGAUUGCAACAUGACCUCUCCUCAACUCUUGGCCAGUCUCAAAGUCAAGGGCAAGGGCGUCUUGAACAACGCGCCCACCUCGAUGACGGAACUUGGCAUGACGCAGGUGCACGAGAGCAUGAACGAAGCCUCUAUUCAGGAAUUCUUUGCCAACAAUGUCUGUACCAACAUGACGGAAUUUCGAGCAUCCGUGGAAAGUCCUCAACACCACCAUCAGCAAAGUUUGUACUAUACAAGUCACUCGGCAACUGGGCCACCCAAAAUGACCUUUGAACACGUGGAUCACUCGUUGUUGUUGCUCUGUGGUGGGGAAGAUUUGGUGUAUUACGAAGAAGGCCCACCCGAUGGUGGCUUUUUGUUUUUUGGAUUCUUUGUAGGAUUCCUUAUGGUCAGUAUGAUUGCUACCGAACUACAGAAGUACGAUCAGCGGCCUCAUCCAUUGGGGGGACGGCGUCGCGACUACGAUGGAGUCUCCACUAAUGACAACAACAACAACAACAACAACAACAACAACAAUUCCGAAGUUGAAAUGGUCUGA